AUGGCUGCUGGUGUUGUCAACAUUCGUCGCGAUGUCGACGACAAGUUCUACCGUUACCGCAUGCCCCUUCUCUUGACUAAGAUCGAGGGCAAGGGCAAUGGUAUAAAAACGGUUGUUCCGAACAUGGCCGAUGUCGCCCGGGCGCUGAGCCGCCCGCCCACCUAUCCCACGAAAUUCUUUGGCUGCGAGCUCGGCGCUCAGACUUCGUUCGACGAGAAGAACGAUCGUUACAUUGUCAACGGUGCUCAUGAUGCGACGAAGCUGCGUGAACUUCUCGACGCUUUCAUCGACAAGUUCGUACUGUGCAAAUCGUGCAAAAACCCCGAGACGGAUCUUAUCAUUACCAAGAGUGAUGAUAUUAUUCGUGACUGCAAGGCAUGCGGCGAACGGACGGGAGUCGACAUGCGGCAUAAGCUCACAACGUUCAUAUUGAAGAAUCCGCCGAAGAAUCCCAAGAAAAGCAAGUCCAAGAAGGCUACCGCAGAUCAUAGCCCUAGCCCUGGUGCCCAUGGACAUGAGAAUGGUGAUGCUGAAGCGGAUGCGGGUGGUGAUAGUGACGACGAGCUCACUAAGCGCAUCAAGGCUGAGGCGGCGGAGCUCAACCCCGACGCAGUAACAAUCACUCAUGAGGAUUGGUCUGUUGAUACGUCCGCUGAGGCCGUGAAGGCCCGGGUCAAGGCUGUGGAGUCCAGUUUGGCCGCCGUGUCUUUGAAUGGUGGCGGUGAUGACGACAGUGACGAGGACUUCGACAGUCCGUACUCGCAGUUAGGUCGAUGGGUCGGUGAGAACCGUGAUGUUGGUCCUGUUGAAGUUUAUAAGAAGGUCGAGGAGUUGAGUAUCUCAAAGAAGCAUAAGACCGUGCAAGUGCUCGUGCAGGCUCUCUUCACUGCCGACGUCCUCAAAGAGGUCCCCAAGUAUGCUCCACUAUUUGUCAAGAUGGUAACUUCUGAGAAGCAUCAGAAGUCGCUUUUAGGUGGUAUUGAGCGUCUCGUCGGCGUCAUUCAUCCCGAUCUCGUUCUCGCUACCCCCAAGAUUUUAAUGGAAUUUUAUCAAGUCGAUGUGCUGGAUGAGGAUGUCGUCAAGCAGUGGGGUACGCACGUCAGUAAGAAGUAUGUUGAUAAGGAGACGAGCAAGAAGGUGCGCAAAGCUAGCGAGCCAUUCUUAAAGUGGCUCGAUGAGGCAGAAGACAGUGACGAGGAUGAUGAUGAGUGA